ACGGUCGGUUAUUGCUUUCCAUAGCAACCUCUUUUUUUUUUUUUUUUUUUUUCGAGCAGGGGCAUCAAGGCUGUAUCCCGGAUCGGGUUCUCGUACGAGAAAAUAUGCAGGCACGAUUCCCUCUUAACGGCAUAUGGGCUGUCGUGUAUGAGGCGACCAGGACUACAUACAACGAGAGGGGGGGUGAGGAUUCGAGCGACGGCCCAAAAUGUGGCCAGACAAGGAAGCCACAUAGAGCAAGGCGCAAGCUUCCGGUGCCUGGUGUCGUUCGGCACCCGUUUGCCAAACCCGAAGAUAUAGCAGUGUUGUACAUGGUGCAAGGUACGGAGUUUGAUGCUGUUGUUGCUCGAGUCUUCGCGUCAGAUAUUAAGUGCUUGCAGAUUGAGACCUCUCCCGAAAAGGCAUGGCUAUCACGUGUAUCUUGUGUGAGAAAUGUGAUAUCGAUGCCGCCCCUAGUAUUGCCUCCUGUAGAAUCGACGCGCGGAACCUUUUCUUUCCUUUCUCGGGGGAUCCCCCCCCCUGUCAAUAUGGGCUUGAGCUCAUACGAAACUGGUCUGGGGGAGGUCCAUAGAGUCAAAGGUGUGGCUCCCAGUCAGCCGCAGCGCAAGGUGUUGGAGAAGUUCAUCAGCCCCCGAACGUACGGUAUCCCUUUACGCAACAACGAUAUCUGGACACAAACCGUAUCGCGGCAUGAAACAUAUCAUGGGCGGCAUACUAACUCUCCCAGGCAGAAUGCUGCUUGCUACACGAACCAGCGUAAAAAUCUGCAGCAUAUCAUAUAGCAGAUCCGUAUUCGAAAUUUUAUCUGCGAUACCGGUGGGUGUUAACAUCGCUGUGCAUAUCAAGUCGAGUGUCACCGGGGUUGAUUU